AUGGGCGCGCUCCCGAUCAGCGCCAAGGCUGAGCACACGACCAAGGGCAAUAAAAACACGUACCUCGAGGCGCUGACGAAGCUGGACGCGACGGAAAUCGAGGAAAACCUGACGCCCGAGGAGCUCGCGGAGUACGAAGCGCGAGCGAAGGCGUACUCUCGAGAGAAGAUGCGGGCAGAGCGCGCGUUUGCCGCAGAUAUUAACGAAAAGAUUAGGAUUAAAAAGGCGGCGAUUGCGGCGUUGCCCGCGGGGGCGACGCGAGACGCGGCGAUGGUGGAGGAUGAAGAUUUGUUUCCGUUGAAGCGUAAACUGCCCAUGUACACGCCCGCGAUUCCUGGGUUCUACGAGGAUAAACAGAGGUUAGCCGAAGAGGCGGUGAGCGGUGGGGCGGCUUUGAAAAAGUAG